ACAACACGAACAUCAGUCAGUGGAAACGGGCCUGGCGGAGUGGCCCGUCGCGCGUCUGUAUUAAAAUCUUUAUUGUGUUUUCCCCAGUUAGUUAAUUUUCUAGUAGUUUUUCCUCUCAUUUUCAGUUUUUUUCGCAACCAACGUACGCACAACAAGAUCCGCGUCGAAGGUGUCAUUUCUGCUGGCAAUUACGUGGACGUAAUUAUUAUCGGAGUGGGCUGUGAUUCGACUUUUGACGUGCCAGUGGCGUAGGCAGGCACUUGUUUCUCCGAAAACGGAUGGAGAAUUAUUGUUUUUAUUUAAGAAAAUCGCGAUGAACAGCUGUUGCAGUGCGGUUUAUCUGUUGUGUGAAGUUUCUUUGUGAGUUUCAUUUGGAUUACAAGAAACGGAAGUUGUAGUAGUACCGCCCAGAAUAUAACGGAACCGCGUGACACGCAUCGAGGCACGCCCCUGACCCCCGCCAACCGCAACCCCAGGGCGCAGACUCGCCGCCCGAUCCAGAGGCGCACGCCAUCGCUCCCCUCGGCGUAGGGCGACGCGACUAGUUUUUUGGAGAGAAGUUUUAAGGGCCUCCCCCAAAGCCACGGACAUGGAGAGGGAGUCCAACCCCAUGCAGGCCCUCUGUCGGUCCGGAUGUGGCUUCUACGGCAGUCCGGCCACGGACGGACUGUGCUCCCUGUGUUACAAAGAACAACUAAGAAAGAAACAACAGUUGCCCACGAACACGCCAGCUAGCCUCAGUUCCUACCGUGACACCUCAACGGCUCAGCCCACAGUGAGCCCACUACCUUCUGCAGCUGAAUCUCUACAGAUCGGCGAGGAAUUGCAGUCCGCCUCACUCCAAGCCUCCCCCUCGGCCACGAGCGGCUCCGCAGUCGCCGCCCUCGAAGACGACGCCCCCUCCCCGAGCCCCGCGUCCCCCGCCGACGUGUCGGACUCGCCGGGCAGCGGCACCGACGACAAGGACAGCGACAAGGACUCCAAGAAGAAAAAGAACAGGUGCGCGACCUGUCGCAAGAAGGUCGGACUAACCGGUUUCGAGUGCCGAUGCGGCGGUCUGUUCUGCGCCGUGCACCGGUACAGCGACAAGCACGACUGCAGCUUCAACUACCGGGAGAUGGGCGCGCAGGAGAUUCGGCGCAACAAUCCAGUGGUCGUCGGCGAGAAGAUCCAGAAAAUCUGAGCCCCGCCACAAGGCCGCCCGCGCGGGUUCUUCGCGUUCGCGCGGGGCGGCGCCCCCAGGACAAUAUAAAGUGCCGCGGGCGGACACCAAACCUCCGGGAGUGGCCCGCGUCCGGGGCGCAGUUUCCUAGUCCAAUUUCUAACGUAGCACAGACGGUUGUGCGAAAAAGCUCCUAAAUAGGCUAAUUUUCUGUAAAAAAUUGCUUCCCUGACAAUGAUUUAACUGGUUUGGGCUAUGUCACAAUGCUGUUUUAGCUGCCAUUUAUCCUAGGACAUCAAAUUUUGCUUUUGCUAUAACAUACGUAUUUUAACCUGACAAUUUAAAGCCAUUAUCAAAUGUUUUGAUGCUCGGGAACAGAUUUUUUUACUUACAGCAUCAAAUUUUGCACUAAAAUGUACCUGUUUAUUUUUAAAUCAUCUAAUUGGGGAAUGUUUUUACAUGCAUUCCGAGCUCCUCUUUAUCUUUUAUGAAUUUUACUGAAUUUUAGCUUUCGGCAGUAAUACUAGACACUUUAACACUUGCUAUUUUAGCUGUCAGCGGUUUAAUAAUCAUAGGGCAUUAAAUUUUACAUUUGGCUUAACAUACGUAUCUGGAACUGAUAGGUAUUAUCAAUUAGUUUGAUGCUAUAAAAAUACUCGGGAACAGGUGUUUAUCCUACAGUAUCAGAUUUUGCACGAAAAUGCAAAAGUUCAAUUUUAGACUGUCUAGGAUUAUACUAAAUUGUAGUUUUUGUCAGUUUAUUAAUCCUAGGUAAUCAAAUUUUACAUUUAGUUUAGUAUACAUAUUUUAACGUCACAAUUUAAAGGCAUCAUCAAAUAUCUUAAUGCUAUAAAAAUAGUCGGGAACGUGCUAUAGCAUAAAAUUUCCACAACUUGUAAGAAAAAGGUCAAAUUUUAGAUCACCAAACGUUUUUCUACAGACGCAAGUUUUUUUAUCUCAUGGAUUUAUAUUUUAACGGUAUGGUAAAUACCCAGAAACCUAUUAAUCCUACAGCAUCAAAUUUUGUACUAAAAUGCAAAAAACCAAUAAUUUCAAAUCACCAAAUUAAGGAACAUUUUUCAACAAUGCAAGUUUUAUCCUUCAUGCAUUUUAACUUAAAAAAUUUUGUUUGCCAUAGAGCAUCAAAUUUUGCACUAAAAUAUGUAUUUUUGACCUUUUGUUCAGGGCAUUUAAUUGUAGAGUGUUCUUACAUAAUCUAAAGCAUUUUUAUCUUAAGCCAAUUUUAUCAUUUAGGUGCUUGGAAAUAGUCCUAGAACAUCAAAUUUUAUACUCAAAUGGACGUAAAUUAAAUUUUAAGUUAUUGGUGUCUUAUAAUUUUUAAAUAUUUCUACAUAGCACAAGUUUAUCUUAUUUAAUAAAAUUUUGACAUCGCUACUCGCUCAUAGGGAAAAUCUCUAAUUUUUUGUCUAAAUAGUUACACAACAGUUUGUCCUAGAGCAUUAAAUUUUACCCUGGAGUAUGACAUUCUAGGGCAUCAAAUUGUUUUAUAAGCCAGCCUCAUAUUUAUAUAAUGGUGAACAAUUUUACAUUUUGUCACUCAUAAGUAUGUAGUGUUAACACAUCAAAUUUUAUAUUGAAAUGUCCUAGAACAUUUGGUGUUCAUUAAAACUUGAAUUAUCAAAAAACACGAUUUUUCUCUAAUUGUAUUAAUAUUAAUUUCUACAUAGUCUUCUUAGCCCCUAGAGCAUCAGCAAAUUUUAUGUAGAAAUGUGGAAUCCUAGUGCACCAGUUUCAGAAUGAUCCUAAAUACAUUUUUUACGUAGCACAAGCUUUCUUUUUAUUUUUCGCUGUACAAUUUUAUUACAUUUACAUUUGCUUCUUGAUCCUAGAGCAUCAAAUUAAUCCUAAGACAUCAGUUUAAGACACAACACCAAAACAUGGAUGUAAGUGUGGAAGCAUUUUUUUAGCUUGCUGAAGAAUUUUGCAUUUCUACAAGCGUCUGUUAGUUGUUAGUCCUAGAGAAUCAAACUUUACACACGGUGAUAUUAAAUCCUAGGACAUCAAAUUUUAUACUAAACAUAGGUAACAUUCGCUGAAUAAUUUUCCGGUCCUAGAGCCGUCUGCCGGUAGAAAUUGGACUAUCGAGAGCUCUAGAUGCUCGAGCUGGUGUAUUGUGUCAGUGGCGUAGAUCGUGAAGGACGCUCGAGCGCCGUUUUUCGUUCGCACAAUUUGACAACAUCGACAACAGCUGCACAGGCCGUUUCUCGUCGGUCGAACAACCCUACUCGGCGGUAAACCAAAACCAAAAGAACUUCCAAUCGAAGACUAGACCCAAGUCCGUGCUAAUUUACCAUUUUACCUUUUAUUGCCACCGAAAUAUUCUAUUUCCAACAUAAAAUUAAUUUUUAUCGAGAAAAAAAAAUAAAUAAAAAUUAUUAGAUAUGUAAUGUCAUUUUAGCUUCUUUGUUAUGUAUAUAGCUUAUAUCUAUUGUUUACUUGUUUCUUCUUAUUUUUUUUUUAGUCUAGAGAUCGGAAAAAGCGUCUAAAUAUAGAAAUAUUCUCGUUUGGAGCAUAUUUCUUUAGUUGGACCGUAGAAUUGCAAUCUUUACUUCGUAGGUAUUUUUGUUUCUACUGGAUUGGGUCACCGCUUGCUCUGUGGCGUUCUGUUUUUAAUAAAAGCUACAUAUCUAUCUAGGGAUGAGCGAUAAUUCACCUAACGAUGAAUUUUAGUUAUCGGUAUGUCGACAUUUAUCGACAUAUCGAUAACUAUCAAAUUACCGUUAGUUAUUGGUUCAUCGAUAACUAUCAAUAAUAACUAAUAUUCAGAUUUUUAAAAAGAUAAAUAAAAAAUAAUCACAAUAAUAAAUUUGGAUCUAUCGGUAAUGUAUCGAUAUAUCGGAAAGAUCCCAUCCCUAUUACAACCUAACUUAAUAUAAAAAUAACAUUAAAAAAACAUCAAGCCUGAUUUUUAUUUAAUAGAAGUAUUAUUUUCAAUAGUCCCAAAGUAAAUUUUGAGUUUAAUCCAAAAACAAAAUAGAUAUUUUGAUUUAUAAAGGUGUUAAUAUAUGCUAAUAUUCUCCGAACAAAGGCACUCCGAAAUUUACUUCUGAAGAGAAUUGAAAUCAUCAAUUUAGUAAAAUAAUGAACGUUUUGGAGCAACCGAUGACCCAACCGCACUUAUUUAGAAAAAAUGUUAAAUUUUAGUUCCGUUUCAAAGUUAUAUAGUGUUCUUUCCUUUGGCAAAAAUGUUUGGUAGUUUUUUUCGGGUUCUUGCUGUACUACACGUUGCCGACGUACCCUGUGAUCAAAUCAAAAUGACGUCACACUAUGCAAAUAUGAACCAUCAAUUUUUUUGCAACCAUAAAAUACUGUCACGUAAUUUUUAUUUGAUUAUAGGGUAUACCAUUAUAUAGCAUGUUCCUAGAUUGUCUUUAUAAGAGGAAAAACUUUUUUAUUAACUUUUUGAGAAAAAUGCAUUCUUCAUAAAAGUUUUUGCUUGUUCAAAAAUGGUUAAUCCCGUUUAUACUUUUCGAAAUUUCCAGACUGUUUUAGAGAAAAAAUAUGAGAAUAUAGUUUGAGUUUUAUGAAAAUAUGCCGUAUGAUCGAAACUAAAAUGAUGUCCAAUUAGCUUGGAAAUGACGAUCCAUGACAGUCUCCAUAUAAUUUUCCAUAUAAAAUGACAGCGAUCUCCAUUUCAUAGCCAAUUCUGGCGCCUUUUUUUUUUCAUAUUGUAGUUAUUAAUUUUGAUUAAAGCCAUAUUUUUUGCUGUUUUAAUAUGUUAAAAGAAGUACAAAAUUUAUUUAGUUCAAUAUACUUCUUUAAUAUUUUAAAACAGCAAAAAAUAUGACGUUAAUAAAAAUUAAUAAUAACCAUCUAUCAGAGAACAACAGAUCAGAUCUACAACGAAAUGAUAUGACCAUAGAAACGCGUUUUAUUUUUUAUUUUUCUCUAAAACGGUAUGGAAAUUUGGAAAAUUAUAAACGAAAUUAACCAUUUUAGUAGAAGCAAAAACUUAUUGAGAGUGCAUUAUUCUCGAAAUGUUAACAAUAAAAAAGUGUUUCCUCUUGUAAAGACAAUUGGGGGACAUACUGUGGAACAAAAAAAGGAAGCUGAAUGAUAUUGGUUGAGGUUAGUGAUGUGUCGUGUCUGAUAAAAUUGUUCGAUCUUUUUUAAACUACUUUGGCCGUACAGGACCGUACUUUUUUCAAUAAUAAUUUGUAUAAAAAUAGAGUCCACUUCAGACGUACGACUGUAUUUUUUUUGAAAAUCGUUUGGAGCGGACUCCGCACAUUCAGCGUUCUUCUAUAUAGUUCGUUUCCGAAAAGAAAGUACGAUGAUAAAAUGUAAAAAACUCAGGUAAACAAAAAAACUAAUUUUUGCUUCAGGUUUCAGACUAAUGUUUGUUAUUAGACGAUGUGGUUUGUGUUAAUCAUAUAACGAUGUUUCUUUAUAAUAAGCACAUUAUUUCUUGUAUAGUUUGAGAGCCGUUCGAAGAGCGAGGGAGAUAGAGAAAAAAGAUAGUAAAGGCAAAAGAGUUUGUUUUUCUUAUUUGUUUAUCAUCUGCAAACAAACUGUUUACAUAUUAUAUUAUUAAGUGAAGCCCUGUGGCAAUGUCUAAUAAAAUCUAUUAUACAAAAA